CCUGCCUAUUUCCUUCGAUGCUAACUCACCCGCUGAGUUUCUCCAGCAUUUUUGUCUUCCUUUGUAACUUUAUAAUAACCUGGGGAAAUGCUCUUGGGUUCUGUAAUCUGCAAUUACUGGUGGAGUUUCAAGGCGAGAAAGAACCUUGAAGUACUGCAAUUUGCUCGUCAUCAGAAACAGGAAUUUCAAGUUAUGCAAUUGGAUCUUAUUGUGCCCUAACACAAUAAAUAAGCCAUCGGCAACUGCGAUUUGCAAAAACUGCGUUUCCAUCAUGGUGCUUGGUUUCUAUGCAUUGGUGCUUUUCUUCAUUACUGAAAUCUGCAGUGUCGAAGGGCAGGGGUCGAUUAUACUGCAUCGGGAAAAGAGAAGAUGGAUUACUGCUACUUUUCGGAUGAUUGAAGACGAUCCUGGGCCUUAUCCCAAAGAAGCAAUAAAGUUAAACAAUGACAAGUCACAAAACCACACACUGAUAUUUAUCAUUUCGGGUGAGGGAGUUGAUCGAAAUCCUGAGAAAGAGUUGUUCAAGGUUAACAAAAAUACUGGGCAAAUAUAUAUUACUCGCAAGGUUGAUCGAGAGCAAACAAAAUCAUUGACGUUUAAAAUAGAUGUACAUGAAGAGGGUACCUCGAAUGCAUUAGAUGAUCAUAUGAUGUAUAAAAUUGAAGUUAUUGAUAUCAAUGACAAUAAUCCGAAAUUCACUCGAGAUGUAUAUGAGGUGCAUAUAUUGGAAAGUACAUUUCCAGGGACAGAAAUCUACCAAAUUAAGGCCGUUGAUCCUGAUGAAAGAGAGAAUGGGACAGUCGUAUACUCUAUUGUUUCUCAAAACCCUACAAAACCUUCAAAUAUGUUUAAGAUUCAUCCAAAUAAUGGAUCCAUUCUUCUUCAACAAUGCUUAAACUAUGAGACCCUCAAGUCUUAUACUUUGGUCAUUAAAGCAAGAGACAAAGGACACAAUAUGUUGUCCUCUUCUGCAGAAGUGAGGAUCAAAGUGAUUGAUUCCAAUAACAAUCUUCCUGUUUUCACUCUGGAAAGUGCUGAAAUAACUAUCAAUGAGUCUGAUAAGGAUGUUGUUAUAUUGCGAGUGGGUGUUACUGACCGAGACACUCCCAACACCCCAUCCUGGAGAGCAAAGUAUCAAGUCACAGAAGGGAAUGAACAUAAAAAUUAUAAGAUGGAAACAGACCCAGCAACAAACAAUGGAGUACUGAUGCUGAUAAAGCAUUUGGAUUAUGAGGCUGGUCCUGUCAGGAACAUUAAGAUAAGCGUGGAGAAUGAAGAGCCACUAUUUAUAUGUCCUGGAAUGAAAGACACCAUUAAUACAAAACCUCAACAUUUAACUGUGCUGAUUACCGUGAACGAUUUGAAUGACCCUCCAGUAUUUAAUCCUCCUGUGCUGAUCGUUCAUGAGAUCGAAGGUCAGAAGCCUGGAAAGGUUCUGGGAAAAUUCAAUGCUUCUGACACAGAUGUAUUUUAUAAGCAUUCCAUCAAGUACUAUCGAGCUUUUGAACCAGCAGAAUGGGUGACUGUAGAUGUGGACACUGGUGUUGUCACAACAGUGCAAGAAUUGGAUAGAGAAUCACCUUAUGUGAAUAAAAGUGUUUACACAUUUACAGUACACGCAGUUGAAGAGGGUAAGAUUCCUGAGACGUCAACUGGCACAAUGUCUCUCGUUUUGGCAGACAUUAAUGACAACCUGCCAUUUCUUACGACAACACACCAAGAGAUGUGUGAUGAAAAUGGCAUCCCGUUUGUAACAGUCGCAGCAAAUGAUGCUGAUGUGGAACCCUUCGGUGGCCCCUUUAUAUUUGAACUGUUGGACAAUGAAGAACAUAUUAAGAAAAACUGGAAAUUAGGCAAAGCCACAGAUUACAACGUUCAGCUCGAAAGAAUAAGGAAAAUUCCCAUUGGAGAUUACGUCAUACCUUUCAAAAUCCGAGAUAGGCAGGGAAUUAGCCAGGAAACUUCGAUGAAUUUACACGUUUGCCAUUGUGUUGAUGGGAUUACAUGUCCUCUUCGAAAGUCUGCAACAGCCGCCUUGGGUGGGGCCGCUAUUGGACUUCUCUUUGCUGGUUUAUUGUUCUUGAUCUUGGGUUUAUGUCUGCUCCUGUUUUGUUCGUUUACAAAGAAGUUUACGAAAUCUUUCAGUGAACCAGUGUGGACCUUAAUUAAAUACAAUGAUGAAGGAAUUAUAGUAGACAGCAAGAAGCCACCAAGUAUUCAUUCAUCAACAGAAGUUUUCAAUGAUGGCGGACUGGGUAUUGGAAGUAAUUUUCCAAUCCGUUCUGCCAUGCAAGGAAAUAAUUAUGAAGAAGAACAAAUGUUCCCAUAUGAAGCUGAUGGGCGGAGAAUGACUAACACGUUACCAAGGCACAGCAUGCAUGGUUGGACUAACAGGCGCAAUUUGGGAAGUUCAUCACAUGGAGCCUCGACUCUCAAUCCGAGGAAUUAUUCGUGCAAUUAUGGUGCCCAAGACAUGCACACCAGGCAAUAUUUGGGAAGUUCAUCACAUGCAGCCUCGGCUUUCAAUCCAAGGAAUUAUUCGUUCAAUUAUGGUGCCCAAGACAUGCCCACCAGUCAAUAUUCGCAUGCUCAAAGUGGUACAGGAAACUAA